GAAAACUCUACAGCCGGGGAGCAACAGACAACAAGGGCCCUGUGCUGGCCUGGGUUAAUGCUGUGAGUGCCUUCCGAGCUCUGGGACAGGAUCUUCCCGUGAACAUCAAGUUCAUCCUGGAAGGGAUGGAAGAAGCUGGUUCUGUUGCCCUGGAGGAACUUGUCAAAAGAGAAAAGGACCGUUUCUUCUCCAGCGUGGACUACAUUAUGAUUUCAGACAACCUAUGGAUCAGCCAGAAGAAGCCCGCACUCACUUAUGGAACCCGUGGGAACUGCUACUUCAUGGUGGAGGGAGGUACUGUAAAGUGUAGAGAUCAAGAUUUCCACUCAGGCACCUUUGGUGGCGUACUCAAUGGACCAAUGGCUGACUUGGUUGCUCUUCUAGGUAGUCUGGUGGACUCAUCAGGCCACAUCCUGAUUCCUGGAAUCUAUGACCAAAUGGCUCCUAUUACAGAGGAGGACAAAGCAAGGUAUGAGAACAUUGAUCUGGACCUAGAAGAAUACCAGAAGAGCAGCCAAGUUGAGAAAUUUCUGUUUGAUACCAAGGGGCUCCUGGCACACCUGUGGAGGUACCCGUCUCUCUCUAUCCAUGGCAUCGGGGGUGCGUUUGAUGAGCCUGGAGCUAAAACAGUCAUCCCCAACCGAGUUAUAGGAAAGUUUUCAAUCCGCCUGGUCCCGCACAUGAGUCUGUCUGUGGUGGAGACGCAGGUGGAACAACACCUGGAAGCCAUGUUCUCUGAAAGAAACAGUUCCAACAAGAUGACCGUCUCCAUGGUGCUAGGACUCCGCCCGUGGACGGCAAACAUCAACAUCAACGCCACUCAGUACCUUGCAGCACAAAGUGCCGUCAAAACAGAACGCCUGGCACAUUCCUGGAGAGCUGUGCCUUCAGUCCACAUGAAUGAGAAGAUCAACAGGUGCAACUACAUCCAGGGGUCCAAAUUACUCGCUGCUUUUUUCUGGAGCUGUCAAAGCGGCACUCAUGACAGCAAGUGCCUUCCAGUGUGCUCUGUCACAACUCCCCCAUCAGGCCCUGGGUAAAGCUGGAGUGGAAAUAGAAAACGUGGAUCCAGUGACGUAUUUGUUCCUUCCCAUUUCACAUGUCUUGGGACAUCUGGACCAGAAAUAAAACAUUUGAAAGGUAGCGAUGUUGGAAAUGGUUUAUUAUUCCCUCUGUCCCUCACCUUCUUACAGUCACAGCCACCUGGACCUUCACUCCCGCGAAUCCAGUGCCACAGAAUUGCCCAGGCUGAGACUGGGUUGGUAACAGCCCUCUAACACAAGCCAGAUGUCUCUCAGCCUGUCAGAUUCUCACUUUCAAUCCCAGUGGCUCAGACCUCCAGUUUGCCUUCCAGGCCCUGAAGAGCUGCGGUGCCCAGUCAUUGCAG